AUGCUCGGCCGCCUCUCGCCGGGCUGCGAGGGCACGCGCGCCGUCUUUCCGAGCUGCAACUUCUCGUGCACACCGUGCUACCACUCCGCCGACGCAAACAGCGUCCGCGUCGACGGCAUGCACACCGUCACCGAGAUUGCACGCCAGAUGGACUUUCUGCGGAGGGAGCGCGGGCCCGUCGGCCAUUGCCAGCUCAUCGGCGGAGAGGUCACGUUACUACCACCCGAGGAUCACGCCCUGGCGUUGGAGACCAUGCGCUUUUUCGGACGCAUCCCCAUGUCCUUUUCGCAUGGCGAUUUCGAUUACGACUACCUCAAACGCUUGGCUGUCAAGGAUGGCCGCCGCCGCUUCGACAGGCUCGAUUUUGCUCUCCAUUUCGAUAUGGAGAUGCGGGGACGCAGGGGCAUCCCUCGCCCGCGCAAUGAGUCCGAAUUGACUCCAUAUCGUCAAAAGCUUGUCGACAUGUUUGAACGACUGCGCCGCGAGCACGGCGUCCGAUACUAUCUCGCACACAACAUGACCGUCCAGGCCGCUAACUUGCCAUAUAUCGCCCAGGCCGUCCGCGAAUCAAGGGCCAUGGGUUUCCGUCUCUUGUCCUUCCAACCUGCCGCCCAGCAAGGGGCCGAGAAGAGGUGGGUAGACAACCUUCGGUCCAUUGCCGACGAUGACGGCGAAAUGGUGUGGCAGGAAAUCGAAAAGGGCAUGGGCAUUCGCUUACCCUACUCUCUUUUCCAAAUGGGCGAUGUCCGCUGCAACCGCAUGUGUGCCUGCGCCGUCCUAGGGCCCAAGGGCGAUCCUAAUGUAAAGAUCUUUCCGCUUUUCGACGAUCGAUGCCCGCAGGACGCGCGCUGCAGGGACCUCAUCGUCACAAAUAUUGGCAACAUCGUCAUGAUGCCCCACCUCCUUGCCGUGAAAUUAGUCCGCACUAUUUUGACAAGGCCAUGGCUUCUCAUCCCCGCUCUGCGAUGGUGCCUCCGCAUCAUUGCAAGAGCGGGUGGCUUGUGGCCCAUUCUGCACAGGGGAAUUCGACCCCUCACCAUCGUCAUGCAUCGCUUCAUGGAUGCAAAAGACGUGUCUAAGGCCUGGGACCUUAUGGAUGACGGUGUGUCUAGUGAUGAUUCCCGCGUCGAUAAGGCAGGCCCCCGGAUUCGAGAAACCAUGGAACGCUUGGCAUCCUGCUCGUAUGCCAUGGCUCAACCGGAUCAAGGCCGAGUCGUCCCGGCUUGCGUUCAACACAGCGUCUACGACCCCGUUGAGAACAAGGAGCUCGCACGACUCCUCUCGCGACGUGACAAAUCGCAAUCGGCUACACAAGCCGAGGUCGAUCGCAUCCGACGGACAGACUUGUCUAACCAACAACAAUCGUUAAAUACCAACUCGAGUGAGCAAGGGUGUGGCACCACUUGUUCCGGCUGAACCACAGAAGUGGCAUUGUUUAUCCAGGACCAUGCGGAAGCGAGAUAGAUAGCCCCGCGCGCAAGACUCUUGUACAGACAUACAUAGCACCUUCAUAUUCUUCUUCUAAAGGCUUGGUGCGUGCAGAGAAAGUGCAGGUCCUAACAAGACGCGCGAACGGCUUGUCUUUAUAAUCGCGCUUCAAGAGCCGAUCUCCACGCACGUAACAACUGUUUUUGUCUUGCA